AUGACUGCGCCAGAGGCGGCCGCCAGGCCAGCAGCAGCAGCAGCAGGCUCGCCUCCUCCUGCGACGAAGCUCCAUGGGCGGGCUUUUUACGAGAGCAUCGGGAGUCCCAGGUACAUCGUGGCUCCCAUGGUGGACCAAUCCGAGUUUGCCUGGCGGAUGCUCACGCGAUCCUUCUUGCUGCCCUCGGAGCAGUCCAAGCUGCUAGCCUACACGCCCAUGCUGCACGCGCGGCUCUUUUCGCAGGACGAGAAAUACAGGAGGGCGCAUUUCCAGGCCGUGCGGCCGGGGGCAUCCGACGACUCGAAGGAGCCGUGGCUGGACGGCAACCCAAACCUCGACCGGCCUCUCUUCGUGCAGUUUUGCGCAAACGAUCCCGAGGCGCUGCUCGCUGCCGCGAAGCACGUCGUCCCGUACUGCGAUGCUGUCGAUUUGAACCUUGGGUGUCCGCAGGGGAUAGCUCGCAAGGGCCACUACGGGGCCUUUCUGCAGGAGGAUCAGGAUCUCAUCUUCAAGCUGGUCAACAUCUUGCACAGGGAGCUUCCCAUUCCGGUCACGGCCAAGAUACGCGUGCUGGAGACGAAGGAGAAGACUCUAGAGUAUGCACAGAAUGUGCUCAGGGCCGGAGCCUCGAUACUGACCGUCCACGGGCGGAGGCGCGAGCAAAAGGGACAUCUCACUGGCGUGGCGGACUGGGACAUGAUUCGCUUUCUUAGGGAUAACCUUCCCCCCGAGACCGUGCUCUUCGCCAACGGAAAUAUCCUACAACCGGGUGAUCUAGAGAGGUGCCUGGAAGCGACGGGAGCAGACGGCAUCAUGUCGGCCGAGGGCAACCUCAGCGACCCAGGCCUCUUUGGCAACCCGCCGCCGGUGGAGGAAAACAGCAGGGAAUACUGGAGGGGCAAGGACGGAAAGGGCGGCUGGAGGGUCGACGCCAUCACGAGACGCUACCUAGACAUCCUACACAAAUACGUCUUCGACGAAGAGCCUCCGCUGAGGAGACCGUUGUUCGUCCCCGGCGACGACACCGCGUGGUUAACAGAGAGCGAAACCCCCGACGACGCAGACGAGCCCGCAAAGAAGAAGCGAAAGACGGACAACACCAGCGAAGGCGAUGCCAACACCACCACCACCCCCAUCACCAAGAAGAAGCUUACCGCAGAGCAGCAGCAGUCCCCCAACCUCUCCGCAAUGCAGCCCCACCUGUUCCACGUCCUCCGGCACUUCGUCACCCGGCACACCGACAUCAGGGACAUGCUCGCCCGCGCGCGCAGAGACGGCAUGGCCGGCUACGAGCGCGUCCUCGACGCCGUGGAGAGGCGCGUCGCCGAAGGCCUGCUCGAGUAUGAGCGCACCGGCGGCCGGAGCUUCGAUGAGGAGAUGGAGAGGACCAUUGCUGAGCGCACCAUCGAGGGCGUGCCCGAGGAGGAGAGCUCCGUCGGGACGCUCAAGCGGUGCAAGAGGCCCUGGUGGGUGGCCCAGCCCAUCAUUCGGCCGCUGCCGAGCGAGGCCUUGGCCAAGGGGGCGAUUUCGCUCAAGAAGGAAAAGGGCAAGGCUAAGGAGAAGGAUGACGGCAAAGCGAAGAGUGAGAAAGCCGUGGCUGUGGCGGAAGACAAGAAAGAGACGGAAGCACAGCAACAGACGAAGCAGGAAAUUGCGUCCAGAGACGAGCUCGUCUCCGGAUGAGAGACUCCGUGGGGAGAAAGCAAGGGGGUU